GGCUGAUUGGAGGCUCUGUGGUCAGUUCGCGCCCGCUGCUUCCGGUUACCGGAGAGAAGUAGUGCAAGGUUUUUCCUUUCGGGACAACGGCUGUACUAGCGGGUAGUGUGAGGAGGGGGAGUUUGGCGUGUGUCUCGCUGCCGCUACGAUCACACUUCCACCCACCCUCAGCCGGACAGAGCAGCCGCUGAGAUCUGACAUUGUUGAGAAGAUGGUGAAUGUUUUGAAAGGAAUUCUGAUAGAAUGCGACCCAGCCAUGAAACAGUUUCUGCUAUACUUGGAUGAGUCAAAUGCCUUGGGGAAGAAAUUCAUCAUACAGGACUUGGAUGAAACACAUGUCUUUGUGUUAGCUGAGAUGGUUAACUUUCUGCAGGAGAGAGUGGGAGAGUUAAUGGACCAGAACUCUUUCCCCAUUACACAGAAAUAGAAAGUGGAACUGGAAUUGUCUGUGUCAAACUGCAAUCAAUGGCUGUGGAAGCUAAAGUCUCUGACUCUUUGUUUUCCUUAUGGCUGACUUGGAGGGGUUGGAUAGACAUGUUUACUGUAAUACAUGGACUGUUUAUUUAGAGUAAAUGUUUAUGAAAUUCAUUUGGAUUGUUCUCAGAGUAAGAGAUAGUGACUAUGAAAAGUAGUUUUGAUGAUAGCCAACAAAGGGGCUGCUACCAAAACUAAUUUCAGGGUUUGUUAGCUUGAGUUUAUUAGGGUUUCCCUUUAUCGGCGGGGAAUGGGUUCAUUCUGUUACUUUUGGUUGUAGUUGUCUUUUUAUAGAUAAGAUGACCUUAAAGCAUGUAGGACAUUUUUUAGUAGAUUGGGAUUGGGGGUUUUUGUUUCUUCACAUUUCUAGGGGAAAGCACCAAAUUUCACGUGAUGAAUUUUGAUAAGUGUAUUUUAGUAAUUUGAAUAAUCAUUUAAAAACUUUUGUAGCCUAAUUUCAUGCAUGUUUACUCAGAAGUAAGUUCAUCAGUUCAAUGGAGUUUGUUUCCAAUAAAUGUCUAGGAGUGCAGCCUUA